GAAAUUUUUUUUGAAAAUCAUGGGAGCCUCAGAAACAGAUCCUUUGGCUCAAUUGAGCUUGCCGCCAGGGUUUCGGUUUUACCCGACUGAUGAAGAGCUUCUAGUGCAAUAUUUAUGCAGGCAAGUUGCAGGCCAUCAUUUUUCUCUGCAAAUCAUCGGUGAAAUCGAUUUAUACAAAUUCGAUCCAUGGGUUUUACCAAGUAAAGCUUUGUUUGGUGAAAAAGAAUGGUACUUUUUCAGUCCGAGAGACCGGAAAUACCCAAACGGGUCACGGCCCAACAGAGUUGCCGGUUCGGGGUACUGGAAAGCUACCGGAACUGAUAAAAUUAUUACCAGUGAAGGUCGUAAAGUUGGUAUAAAGAAAUCUCUGGUUUUUUACGUUGGGAAAGCUCCGAAAGGAGCUAAAACAAAUUGGAUAAUGCACGAAUAUCGACUCCUAGAAACUUCUCGUAAAAAUGGUAGUUCCAAGUUGGAUGAUUGGGUUUUGUGUCGAAUAUACAAGAAGAAUUCGAGUGGUCAAAAAUCAUUUUCGAGCGUUUCAAGCAAGGAGCAAAGCACAAAUGGGUCGUCGUCGUCGUGUUCUUCCCAACUCGACGACAUGCUUGAGUCAUUGCCCGAGUUGGACGGUCGUUUCUUCGGUUUGCCGCGGAUGAACUCGUUGAAGACGCUUCAAAAUGGUGAGAAGACCGGGAUUCACAAUUUGGGUAUCGGGAGUUUUGAUUGGGCGAAUCUCGGUGGGCUUAACUCGGUGCCCGAGUUGGUGCCUAGUGGACAAACUCAAACUCAGAGUCAGGUGAUUACGAAUUAUGGAAAUAGUAACUUGUAUGUCCCCACAACGACGCCUACACUACGUCCGAUGGACAUGUCGACGAAUGAGGUUGGGAACUCGUUGGAAGAGGAAGUACAGAGUGGACUCAGAACUCAGCGAGCUGAAGAUGACUCGGGGAUUUUUCAACAAAACUCGAAUGUGUUGAACACUCGCAACAACUUCUCUAGCUCGAUGGACGGGCGGUUUUGGGCUUAAGACAAUAAAUAUAUUAGGAAAAAGAAAUAGGUAGGAGGACAGGAAAGGAAUUUCAGAAAUUUGUGUAAAUAUUUUGGGGCUAACCUUUCGGACCAAGAGA